AUGGAUAACUUCACUGCUCUUUUCAAUGCAUUCGAAAUUCAAACAGAUCAUGAUAACAGAUGUCUUUUUCAACUACAACAAAAUAACGUAAUCAAGCAGGGAACCAUUGCAAGACUGAAGGAGAAAGUCGCACAAUACAAAGAGUUGGAAGCUGAGUACAAAAGGAGGCGUGAAAGUGCUGAUUCCCGACAUGAGGAGCUGAUGAAAAACCUAUCUUCGAAUCUAACUUGUGCGAAAGUUCUUCAAGUUAAAUUCGAUAAGCUUACCGAGCAGUCCACAGUUCAAGCGAAAACUGAGCAGGAGUUGCGAGCAAAAAUAUGCGACUUAAAUGCGAUGGUAUCUCGAAUCGCGGUAGCUAGAAAUCAGCUCUGCAGUUCCAUCCAAAGUUUGAAACAGCCGGUUCCAGUCGCUCCUAAUUCUGUUGCAGUGAUACAAGAGAUGAGGAAGAAAUUGUUAGGAAAAUUCAAAAUGCGUUGUGAUGCAUUUGAUAUGACAGCUCUUGUAACCGAACUGCAAGCGAUUGAACAGCAGAGGCAAGUAAGAUUGGAGGUAUCGGAAGAAUUACGAGUAAAAUUCGAACAUUCCUCAGCCCAGGAUGUUGAUAACGACAUGCUCCAAGAAAAAAUCGACAUUCUUCGGAAUGACUAUUCAAACACAGUUGGUGAAGUGAAAAAGGUUGCUGGUCAAAAAGGAGCAAAUGACAUAAUACUAACCAAAGAGGAUUCGAGUAAAAGUAACCUUCACAAAGAAUUGAGCUCAAUCAGAUCUAAAGUCGGGGUUGUGGAGCAACAUACAUUGGCGUUAAAACACAAACAGGCAGAACUUGGAGCUAGAUCUGCAUCUGCCUCUUUUGAACUCGGCGAGAAGAGCACAAAAUUCCAACGAGAUGAAAUGGUGUUCCAAGCUUCGAGGGAAGAAUACGAGAGCAAGGAAUCAGAAACAUCGAAUGAGAUAGAGAAGAUUGAGAACAGCUUUCAAAAGCAGUGCAGUGAGCUGUCGCUAAAUUUGGAGAUAGGCCGUAAAGCUAUGACAGAGGUUGAAGCAGAGAGUGAGAAAUUGAAGGGAUGGGAGCGCCUCCUCUUCAAGUAUGAAGAAGACCGAAGGAAAAUUGUAGAACUGCAGUCCAAACUUACCGAAAUGAAAGGGGAUUGUGAAGGGUUGCUGAAAAAAGCCGAGGAAAGGAGGGCGAGUCUAGCCAAGGAGACUAUGAAAAUUGGAGAACUUCGGCAGGGUGCCGAAUCAAAUAAGCUCGCAAAUGAGCAAGAGCUUGCAAACACGAAUAUGGAAGUGAGCGGAUUGCAAUGUGAGGUAAUGAGACUUGAGGGAGAAGUGAAAGAUAUGAAAAAUAAAAAUUGUCAAUUGGAAGGAGAGGUUCGCUUAAUCAAGCACCAGCUGUUAGCAAAAUCGAGCCAGCUGACCGUCGCUAAAGAGAAAUUCUCCAAUGCGCAAGAGUCUGCAACAGCUGCCGUUAAAUUGAAGACGCCUACACCAAAAAACAAAGUUGGCGAAGGAGUGAAAAAUGGCGAACAUCGAGCAUUGUUGCAGAAAAACCGCUUGCAAUUUGUUACAAACCCGCCAUCUACGAGACGAAGAGCACCGAAGCAGAAUGCAAAAGCAGAUCAGCAGUCGGAGGUUCCUGCAAAAAAGAAGGAGAAGCUCACCAAUAAGCCCACGUCAAGCAGCCGUCUUGCCAGAUCAGCUGGGACAAUUCCUAAGACUCCUAUUCAGAGCGAACUUCAAAGCGAGCAGGCAUGUGACGAAAAUAGAAAAGGAAAAACUUUGGAAUUGGGGAAUGUCAUUAAAGACCAUAGCUCUCUCAAUGCAGGCCAUCGUGAACAAAUCCAAGUGGAUCCAAGAAAUAGUGACUCAGAUGGGGUCAAGAGUUCCAGUCUGCAGCAUACGACUACCCUUGCGUCCACGUUUGCUGAGGAAUUCAGUGAUUUUUUGAAAUCUCUCACAUAUGCUCCCAAUAUGGAUGACAGCAUGUUGGUGGAAAAUGACGACAACGAUGAUUUGUUUGGCGAUCUCGGCACUCCACUAAAUAAGAAUCGAACAGUGGUUGGAAGCCCAGUCAAACCUAAUAUUUUGUUCGUUCCCAUCCCAUUUAUAAUUAAACUCGAUUCCUUAUUUUUCGCUGCAGUUCUCAGUUUCGGCAAUAGCGCCGAUGAUGAUAUUCACUUCGAGCCAAAUGAACUUUUCACCUCGACACCCCUUAUUGUGAAGAAGCAGUAA